UCCGCAUUCCGCACAGAGCUGUCAGCAGAGGCGCAUGUUGGAGAGGGGGACUGUCGCGUCUGUGCAGAAACCUCUUCGGUCAUUCCCUGAGGAAUAAGCGACCCAUCGCCAGGGAGCAGGGAUGCCUUACAUGCUCAUCAGUACGCAGAUCCGACUGGAGAAUGGUCCAACAAACGUGGGAGAUGAAUAUUCUGAUCCAUCUGUCAUGAAUUACCUUGGAGCAAGGAAAACAACCAUGCUGGGAAACAAUUUUUCCGAGUACCAUGUGGAUGACCCACCUCGCCUGGUGCUGGACAAGCUGGAGAAGAUCGGCUUUCGCGUGCUGACGAUGACGGGGGUUGGACAGACGCUGGUGUGGUGUCUCCAUAAGGAUACAAACUAGUUGGGAGUUAACUGUGGAUGAGUGAAUGAAUCGUCAUGAAGAACUUUGUCUACUUCUCUGAAAACUUUGGUUGUACAUUCACAGACACACUGACAGCUAAAUAAACCCUUUGUCAAGUGAAAGUCCUUAAAUUGAGAUUAUCCCAGACGUAACGUUUCAGAUUACCUUCGAUAGAGGUCACCAAUUUCAGGGGAACACCAAACUACAUUCCAGAGAUUUUACAAGACCCUUUGCCCUUAUUGUUUGCCGUUUACGUAAGUGUGAGGGCCGGUUUAGCUGAUAAUGUGUCAUUUGGCAGUCGAAUUUAAUUGCAAAAGGCCUCACCCAAGUAAAUAAAACACUAUGCUAGACAGAUUUGUACUUACAGCACUGUGUAAAGAUGUUUUUGUGUAUCAUAUGCUUAUGAUUAAAUGAUGUAAUGAUGUGGA